AUGGCUUUGCUUCAAGAGACAAAGCAAUCAUGUGUUGCACACUUAAGGGUAAAAAGCCUUUGGCCUAGAGACAAGAUGGAAUUCAUGACUGUAGAUGCUGUCGGGCUGUCAGGGGGAUUAAUCUGCAUCUGGGAUCCUGAUGUUUUUCAUCUCUCAGAUUGCUGUAGCAGCAGGAACUUUAUUCUCUUAUCAGGUAAAGCCCACAAUUCUUUUGAUUGUGUUUUGAUUAAUAUUUAUGCCCCAAACGAUGUAUCAAGGAGGAAGGCUCUAUGGGAGAUCCUUUUAAAUUUGAAAACAACCUUUGCAAACCCAUGGUGCUUUGGUGGAGACUUUAAUGAAAUUCGGAAUGUGGGGGAAAGAAUAGGAGUUUCUCGUAGGGAUAGAGGCAUGCAGGAGUUCAAUAAUUUCAUUGACAAUUGUGAGGUGAUAGAUGUUCAAAUGCUAGGCAGAAAAUUUACUUGGUGUAAUACUCUUGAAGGGAAUAAGUGGAGUAGAAUAGAUAUAUUUCUUCUUAGUCCUGAAUGGUUGGCGAGAUAUAAACUUAAACUAUGGGGCCUUCCUAAAACUAUUUCUGAUCACUGCCCACUUCUUCUCAUGGAGGAUGGUAGGGAUUGGGGGCCCAAACCCUUCAGAUUUUUGAAUGCUUGGACCUUACAUCCAACACUGGAUUCCAUGGUUGAGAGUAAUUGGGGUGAUCUUCAACUAUAUGACUCUGCUGGAUCCAUCUUGAAAAGGAAAUUGCAAUCCCUGAAGUUGGCCCUAAAAAAAUGGAAUCAAGAGACUUAUGGCAAUGUUGCAAAAAAGUUACAAGAAUCUGAAUCUACUCUGCAUGACCUUGACCUUAAAGCCGAAACUAGCCCUCUGGAUGAAGAUGAAUUGUUGCUACAAAGAGAGAAAAGAAGUGAAAUGUGGUCAUUAAGCAGGAAGAUGGAAUGGGAGUGGCUCCAAAAAUCUAGAUUGGACUGGAAUUUGAAAGGGGAUAGAAACACCAGGUAUUUCCAUGUCAUGGCCACUAACAGAUAA